AUGCUCGGCGCGGGCUUCUGCCAUCUCCUCGGGGAGGCGGAUCGCGAGAUGGGGCACCGCAACUACCCCGUCCCAGAGCUCCUGGCCGCCGUGGGCUUCCUCAUCACGCUCCUGGCCGACCAGGUCGUGUCGGCGUACUCGAGCGACAUGGGGAGCUGCGAGUCGCUCACGACGAUUGUGCGUCGCGUGCGGCCCCCGACGCAGCCCAUCCCCACGGGGCCCGACCAGGCGGCGAGCAACCCCCUCGCGAUGCGCGCGAUCCAGGAGGUGACGAACGGCCUCGGCGCGCAGUGCGCCCCGGAUCACGACGGGCACCACAAGCGCGACUCUGGCCCCGACAGCGGCAGCGCGUCGCCGACGCAUCACACCCCCCAGCACCCGCACGGGCGGCCCGCCCGCAGGGACGAGCACGCGCGCGUCGCCGGCGGAUCGAGCCGCUCCUGGCACGAACAGGAGCGCGAGCAGGACCCCGGCACCAGCGGCCGCAAGGCGCCGAACGUGCCGCUGCUCCCCGUGGGCGCGCCGCGGAGCAACGCCCCGGCGUACACGUACGAGUCCGUCCCGGGCGUCGACGGCCUCGACGGCACGCGGUAUCGCGCGGGCGCAGACGCGCAGGCGGCGGCGGCGAACGGCCACGCCGGGGCUGGAGCCGCGCACAAGCGCCCGCGCGGGGUCAUGGCGACCGAGUCGGACUACGACACGGAGGAGACGUCGCCGCGGCCGAGCGUGAGCUUCGCGACGGCACUCAUCCUCGCCGUCGCGCUCUCGAUCCACUCGGUCCUCGAGGGCGCGGCGAUGGGCGCGCAGCGGACCGUGGAGCAGUCGGUGGACGUGUUCAUCGCGAUCGUGGCGCACAAGGGCCUGGCGUCGUACGCGCUGGGGAGCAGCCUGGUCGAGAGCGGCACGCGGCUGACGCGGUUCGCGGCGGUCACGUGGUUCUUCGCGGCCGCGACCCCGCUGGGUAUUUUCAUGGGGUUCGUGCUCAGCGAGGUGGCGAGCACGGGGCUGAGCGCGGGGAUCACGGCGCUGGCGGCGGGAACCUUUAUAUACGUCGCGGUGAUGGAGGUCAUUCCGAAGGAGCUGCGCACGCGCAAGCACAAGACCGCCAAGGUGGCCAUGCUGCUCGCGGGCUUCUCGAUCAUGGCCGUCGUGGCGUACUGGGUGUGA